ACGAGAUGUAGGGGGACAUGUCCCGCUGCUUGUCAUCUAUGACAGGAUCGACAAAUGCGGGGCCCUUGCAGCCCCAAGCAGAUCCCGUGCCGCUUCAGCUGUCGACUUUUGAGAGACCGGUAUCAUCGGAGGAAAAUUCGUCGCCCCGGCGAGGCCGCCGUCGUCGUCGUCAGCCGCGACGUAAAAUGAUGUCCGCACCACCGUCCGGACAAACGAUACAACUGACUCCGCUCUGGGAACAUGUGGUGCGCACGCGUAGAUUUCCAUCCGAGGUCGACACGCAGGUGACCUUCGUCGAAAUCUCCGAGAGACUUCGGGAUCCGGAAUGGGAAGUGCGGCAACACGCCUUACGGGUGCUGAUGGACGUGCUACCGACACUGAACGCCGAUAUCGUUGACAAGGUCAUGCAACCAGUGGUGCCAGAGCUGAUCAAUAAUUUGGGACAUCCAGCACCGGCGGUUCGUAAGGGUGCCCUGGACACGCUGAGAGUCUACCUCGUUCACAGCCCCAACCGAGACGGCAUGGUGAAAAAUAUCCUGCAUGACGGCUUGAAUCGGCCGGACGCCCACAAUCCGUUCCAAACGAACGUGACGACGGGUGUGAUUCUGAGCGCGCCUCUGCUGCUCUUUCCAUCCUCCGACAGUCCGGCACCGGCGAGCCAGGUCCUCAAAGACGCCACGAUCGCCUUCGCCUCCCGAUUGGUCCAAGUGCCGCAUCAGGAAGCCGUUCUCAAGUCCCUCAUGAAGAUCCGCGACGCGGUCGGUAAGAAGGAAUUCGAGAGCUACUUGGCGGAUUACGACGACAACAUGAGGAGGAACAUCGAGAUCCUUUCGAAAAUCUACAACAUCAGAUCGGGCAGGAAGAAGCAAGACCGGAAGCACACGACGGACAUUGUGAAGAUCGACAAGGAGCGUGCUCGGGAGAAAUCUCAGUGGGACAGCGACAGCGAUACUUCCGGCAUAGCCGAGGAGGAGGACGAGGCGACGAAUGGUAGCGCGUCGCCGGGCAGAGUCGUCCUCGAGACUGAGAUCAAGUUCAACAAGAAGACGGCCAUCACGAUGACGAUUUUGGAGGAGAAAGACGACGAGGAGGACAGCGAAGAGGAGGACGGCGAUCGGGAGAACGUCAACAUUCUCGCGGACCCGGAGGAAAAGCGAAAGACAUCGAGACGGGUGCACUUCGGCGGCGAGAUCGUCAAGCUGAGGACACCCGACAGCGACGAGACGGAAUCGAUCGAGAUCGCCGCGCCGAAGACGCGGAUACCGCUACCCGUGUCGCCGGCCACGAAGAUGCCAGAGAGACCACAGCGACCGUGGUCGCAACCGUGCAGUCCUCACGCGGAGAAGCGGGGCUCGAAGCGAACUUCCAGGUCGGCCUCCAGCAGCCCCAAGAGAGAAGCGUACACGCACAACGCGCAGCUGAGCCCGAAGAAGAGCAUCCUCGCGCGAACGGCCAGCGGACCCAUCAUCGUCGUCGACCCAGCGACCGAGGAGACGAAGAGUCCCUCCCCACAGGAACGAAGAAACAGCGAGAACGUGCUUUCGGAGGACGAGGGGGUGACCGGUGGCUCUCCUCGGAAGAUCAACGAGACGUCGGUCGGAGAACAGAUCGUUCAAUCGUCGUCGUUGAGUCACGGCGAGAAGGAGGAUGACGAUCAGGACGCGCUCACUGUGCUACGAAUUACACCCACGGCGGAAGACACUCCGAACGGAGUGUCUUCAACGGAGGAACGAGUCGUUGUUUUUCCCGAAAAGAGCGACGAUCGCCGCGCGGACCCAGCUGAUUUGAAAGAAAACGACAUGGUAGCCGAAGUUCCGCUGAGGCAGGUGAAGGAUCACGCAUCGACGGAGGCACCGUCGCGGAAAUCGCACAGAGGGAAUGCCGAGGAGGGGGGUAGCGACGAUCCCGAGUGGGAAGGAGGACGCCUGAACGACGCCUGGAACGAGUCGUUACGUAGUGAAUUCUUCGGCGAGACCGAGAGCAACGCGAGCGACUUUGCAUUCGGCUCGCCGGUGCACGAGUGCAAUCGGCUGGUCGACGGUGACCUCGUCGACGAGGUCGGACAGGUUAUGGAACUGAUCACGGAGGGUCACGAGGUUCUGAACGGCGAGAGUGAGCGGCAAGUGCGCGGCAGGACGAACUCGUCGGAGACGAACGAGAGCGUCACUUGCAGCAGCAGCGAAGGCGAGGGUAAGCCGCAGGAGCCUAAUUGGGAGGAGCUGGGCCUGGUCGGUCAGGAGGUUUUGGACGAUCUGCAUAAUAAGGAGGACUGGCGAGCGCGUGUGAGAGCUUUGGAGAGAGUCGCGUCGGCCCUGCGGACGUCCUCGGCCCUGAUCGCGAUAGAGUCGCGAUUAGGAUCGCUCUUGCAUGCGGUGCUCGGCGGCGAAAGGAGCUGCCGAGUAGCCGCCGCCGGUUUAGCGGUGGCGAAGAUAAUCGUUGCUGGCGUCUCCGAAGAUGCGCUCAAGAGAAAAUUGCCGCAGUUGGCAUGGGGUCUUGCCAGACAAGGUGGUCCAGCUACGGCGCAGCUCGCUAGAAUCGCGAUGCUCAAGCUCAAGCCUAGCCUGCUUCUGGAACAACUAAUGCAACCGCACUGUCUGAACGCUAGAAAUGCUAAGACGAGAGAAAACGCGCUGCAGCUGCUAAUCUUCUCGCUGGUGACGUUCCCGAGCACAGAGUUCAAGCUGGAAACUGUGGCCAACCGUGUGACGACGAUGGUCGGGGACCGGCGACGCAGAGUACGUCAAGCCGCACUCGACACCCUGGCUGUUUUGGCACAAAUCUACGAUCCCGAGGAGGUCCUGAAAGCAGGGAAACGAGCGGGUGACGGAAGCCCCGAUGCUGAGGCAAUGUUGGCCGCAAUCAGAGCUCGGCUGGCUCGGAAGUCGCUGCCGUUAGUGUCGGCCGACGGCCUCGUGGUGUACGGUUUGCAAAUUUCACCGACUGUUCAGAUCGCUACUGGACCCGAUGUCGAUUGGAUUGCGGCAGGAAGCGGCUCGGUUUCGCCAGGUACUGGUCGCACCAGAGGUCAGAUUAUCGCCACUUCUAUGUCAGCGCAAGGGAGAGAGUCCAGAAACAUCAAUAACCGCGACAGUCCGUGGACAGAGAGACCUAAUCUCGUUGCGCUCGGUAUCGGCUUGCAGUCCAAGAAUGAACAACCGGUGACUUGGCAGAUAUUGCCUUCGCACAAUGACAAUGAAGACGAGAUAACGGAGCCGGACGAACAAAGCGUAAAUGCGGGGAUGCUUUCGAACUUCACUUCAAGAUUCGGGGAGCGAUCGUCUUAUACGUCAUCGACCCAACUGUAUGACCUUGUCGGGAAGGAUUUGAAAGAUCUCAAAGAAACCCACGACAGCAAUUUCGAGCAGAAAACACGAAGUCGUAAAGAUCUGAAUGAAAUCACCAAGGAAAAGGAAUCAAAAAUCCCUGUAUUGUUGACACGCGAGCGUCACAAAGUAACGCCGCAGAAUCGCGAGAAAUCCAUCAACCUGGGAUACGUCAACUCCAAUUCACGGAAGCAGACGAAAGAUGCGCUGGACAGUAACCGAAAUCGGAUAAAUUCGUGGCAGGAGAAUAUCGGAUCAUACGCUAAUACGUAUCAACGGCGAAAACGUCUUUACCAAGAGGAGGAGAGCCUGAAUCAAACCUUCGACUCGCAUUACGGCAGUUACCAUUCAUCCGCCUACGCGAAAGCCUCGGGGACCACAAGCAGAGAGUACAACGACGCCGCGGAGAACAAGAAGGCAAUUUUUUCGGAUGAAAAUUCGCAUUACUACGGCAGAUUCAUAGAUAAUGAGACAUUUACAGGUAAGAACGAGAGCUUAGAUUACGCGGGAGGAGGAGGAGGAGGAGCAGGACGCCAGCAAUCCUCAUCAAGAAACACGCAACAGCAAACGCUGAUUAAGACAUAUACCUCCAUUCACGAGCAACGGGAGAAAUUAAUGGACAGAAAUACAAAUCGACUACUGCGGACUGCUCCGAAUCCGUUAACCCACGUGCGCCGGGAAUUUCCAAAUUUCGAUUCGCAAGUUGUAAAUAGCGAGAGGGACGCAAUACUCCGUUCGAAGGAUCGUAGGACGAGGGAUACGCAGCAUAGGUCCGAGAUGGACUUGACUUCAUCGGGUUCACAGGAGAAUAGGCGUUCGGAAAAUUUCGCCGAUCCUCAUCGAAGGAGAUUGCGAUCGUUGUCGCCAUCGCAGUUCCACCGAUCGAGGCAGUUCAUCCGGCUGGUUUCAAGCAGCGGUAAAGCGACGAUGAACGAGGAGAAGGAGUACAAUUCGCGGAACAGCCGCCACUUCUCGCCUGAAACGAGGAGUUACAACGUGCAAAGCUUCAACAAGGAGGAAUCUCGGUAUCAAGAGUUUCUGCGUUCCUUCUCAGUCGGCGAGCGCGUACGCGAGUCCACCAAAAGCGCGAGCAGCUCGUCGUCGGACGUUUCCAAGAGCGGUCGACAAAUCGGCGCCCUCGCGGAGAAUCGAGACGCGGUACUGCGAGAUUACAGUAACGCCAGCAACAACAACAACAAUAAUGACAACAACAACAACGACGAUGGCAAUGAUGACAGCGGAUCGUCGACCGUGCGCAGUCAGUAUGCCGACCCGGCGUUCGACGUCAUCACGCAGCAGACGGCGAGUCAUCAGAGUCGCGACGACGUCGAUUCCUUUUUCUCGGCGAUGGAUAACAGCCAAGUGGAACAUCCGAUCGAAAGGAGGAGCGCGCUGAUCGAGGACGAGGCGUCGAAGGAAUGGAGCAGCGAGGACGAGGCGAAAUCCAUAAGCCGAAUCGGCGCGAUUUCGAGACACUCAGAACGCGAAGAGCCGAUGGAGGACGAAGUCUGCAAUGGGAGUACAACCGGAAGCAGCUCCGGAUUUCCCGAGCAAUUGGAAAACCGACCGAGAAGAACGUCCAUCGUGUCUGUGAUUACAAACGAACGAGUUCUGCCCUACGAGGACUCGAAGGUAUCCAAGGAGUCGCUGCAAACGACCAGCGCCCUGAAAAUCGCCAGCCCCAAGAAGUCUCUGUAUCAAUCACCGAAUCACAGUGUUUGUCAUUCGCCACUCUCCCACUCGCCGUCCAAGCAAAGCUCUCGCUGCGAUUCGUGCAAUUUGAUCGAACGUCAGGUCGGAGAGACCAAGGAUUCCAACGAGGAAAGAUUAGUCGCUUCCAUAAUACUCGAUGAGAAUACUUCCAUUCGAUCGUUGGACAUCAGUAGUCCGCAUAUCAGCCGCAUAUCAACCGAUUCGCCGGUGAUUAUCAUCGCGUCGCGGCCCCAUUCUCUCGAGACCAUCGAGUACGUCGAAAACAUAAGGAACGUCGAAAACGCGAGUGAGCUUAGUAGAAAUAAUACUCAGGAGUCCACGGAGGAAGAGUCCAGUGCGAACGAUACUCUGGAGGAUAGACAGAGCAAAGAUAGCGCCAGCGAAACAAACACGGAGCCGGGAAUAUUGAAGAUUGAGUCUCAGUCCAUAGAGACUAUCGAGUCAUGCAGAAGAAUCCUUUCGAAAGUACCGGUACAUAGUGUCAGUAGAUAUCGAGCGCUCUCUACAAAAAAAGCUGCAGAAAAGCCUUCGGAGAAGUCCAAGCGGAUGGUGCAGCAGUGCUUUGCUCAGCUUGAAAAUAAAGAUUGGGAAGUAACGAUGAAAGGCUUAAAGUGUCUGUCUCAAAUCUCGAAGCAGUCUCCAGAGUACUUGGACGUUUUCGUGGUUAACACGAUAGCACGACUUUUAGGUCGACACGUGAAGAAUCUCCGUUCGCAAGUGGCACGAGCCGCGUGUAACGCGGCCAGUGAUGUUUUUAGUUCGCAGAUUCGGGGUAUCGAUCAGGAUCUGGAUGAAAUAGCGGGUCCUUUGCUUCACAGAACAGCCGAUACGAAUCGAUUUCUUCGAGCGGAUUGUAACGCGGCUCUAGAUCAGAUGGUGCAACAUCUUCCGCCUCAUAAGACUAUCGGUACCAUUGUACUGAAAGGAGCGAGCCAUCAAAACGCAAUCGUUCGCGCAACGACCGCACGACUGUUAUCAGAUAUCAUCGAUCGCAUCGGACCUGAUCACGUGAUGAUUUUACCGCGCGACGUGAAGGAUAAAUUAUUAAAUACUGGCGCAAAAUUGCUGAUGGAUGGAAAUCUGGACGCGAGGAAUCACGCGAAGAGGAUGUUUAAGCGAUUGACUCGCUGCGAAGGUUUUCGGAAAGCGCUGACGGACGCGGUGCCCGAAACGACGUUACGGCACAUUGACAAAACCAUGAAAACCCUUUAAUUGAGUGGACGGAUUGCCCGGGCGAUUUAAUCGACGCAAUGCAAUUUAGAUCCGCCGCCGCUUGGACUAUCUCAAAAGACUGCUUCGUUGCGGAUGACGAGUUCGAUGAUCCGUUCGGAGGGAGGGUCGAUUUGUGGUACAGAUGAGAAUUUUGUACAGAUGUAUAACCGAAGCAAAAUGUCAGACAGGCUGCCGUAAAUGGGCCCUCACCCUGCGCGCGUAUGUAUUUUCCUUACAAGGAGUCCACAGGUAGCGAGACGAUUUCAAUAAGGCGGGGAAGACGAUGACGCAGGCAAGAAACAGGAGUGCCGCUGCUCGAUUUAUCGAUCUUAUUAUUAUUUUUUUUCCAUCGACGAACCUAUCGCGCGGCGACGUUUUUUGAUACUCUACGACUUUAAUAUACACGUAUGUAUAAUUGCGAAUAUAACGGUUGGCACGCUUCUUUUUGGUGCACUUCGGAAACGUAAUCGAAGUCCAAUAGGAGAAUUUGUGUUUGAAAGAGAUUAUCGGAAAAUAGCUUUUUACGUUAUUGGAUCAGAUGUAUUCCUAAACGUAUCGAAAAAAGCAUGUCAAACUUUAUACUAUCGUACAUCAUACAUGAAUUUUUUUAUACAGUUAUAACGAGACGCACUUCGACUUAUAAGUGCAUCCGGAGAACAAGUAGUAGUGCCUUCUCACGCUCAUCGGUAACCGAUCGUAAUUAAUUUCUCGACUUUGGCUCGAUAACACACUCACUCGCACAAAACAAACCCAUCGACGCUCGUAGCUGACGCAAAUGAUCGCCGAAAGGACGAUGGCUGGGAGUGCGCACAGUCAUAUUGUUGUCUUCACCAACUCUACACCGACGAGUUGCAGGAAGAGAAAACUUAAGUGGACUUUAUUUUCCAGACGAGAAAACGAGUCCAAAAUUGUCGGCAAUGAUUUCGUUUCUCGAAAUCGAUGACGCUUCAGUCAGUCGAAAAUUUAAACACGUCAGUUUGAUACUAUCGAGCGAAUUAUUUUCUGUAUCAGUAAUCCAAUCGAUCUAUUAAAACUCUUCGCAAUACAAAGAAGAGAAAACGUCGGCGCGAGGGUCCGUAAACUUUUGUUAAUUAAAUAUCGAGUGUGAUGACAGAUGGAAAUUUGCAAGAGAGAAAUUACCAUAAGCAUCCGAGCAUACGAUUCUAAAAUUUUUUAACUAUACUUUGGAAUUGUAUAUUUGAAGAGUAACUCAUAUAUUUAUACAGAUAUAUAUAUAUAUAUAUAUAUAACGAAAAUAAUAAUUUAUACGCAUAUAAAUAAAACCAUCGUACGAGAAUAAUUGCUUAUUACCGCAAACACACACACA